CCUUAUAAGGCAGAGUUUUAUUUUCCUUAUGGCCACCUGCAGCUCCCCCGCGCCCUAUUCAGGAGCCCCCGGGCCGCUCCGCCCCGGCAGCCUCAGCCGGGCUGGGGGCGGGGGAUGAGCUCAGCGCCCCGACAGGAUAAAACUUGCUGCAGCUGCCGGAGUGAAGCAGGCGAGACACGAGAGCAGAGUCGAGCGGUGCCAGCCCCGAUCCCCCAGCUGCCUGGACUGGAGAACCCCGAUCCCCAGCGCUGAGCCCUUUCCCGCUGGAGACCAGAGCCCUGUGGCCCCAGUGACCGGACGCCCGUCCCCCUCCAGCUGUAGGCAGCAGGAACCAUGACCAUCCUCCUGGGAUUCUCGGCUCCAGUCUUCACGGCCACAUGCCUCCUGAUCCUGUGCUCAGAGGGGGCUCCGACGAGCAUGGGAGGCUCCCUACCCCUUCCCCCGAAGGGCCAGAGCCACUGGCCCUGGCUCCGUGCCCAGGAGAGCAGCCCCCUUACCUCCCCCACCCCCCAGCAUGACUUGGGAACAGACUAUUACAGCUAUGAGGACCUCUCUACCCCGGAUACCCCAGAGAUGCCUGGCUCCCAGCACCCACCCUAUCAGCCUUGUGACUACCACCAUUGCCGCCAUCUGCAGCCAGCCUGUGCAGAGCUGAGAGAGGAGACUGGUUGCCUGUGCCCUGGGGUGACUGGCCCAGAUGUGCCUCCGGAACCGCCCCAGCUGGGGGCAGUGCACGUCACUGAGUCUGGGGUCAGCCUGCAUUGGUGUGCCCCCUCCUCCACAGUGUGGGAGUACCGGCUGAUGUACCAGACUGAUGGGGACCACACCAUUGCUGGCCCCAUCUUCAACAGCACCUUCCGGAUGGCAGUGCUUGGGGGACUGCACCCCAGCACCUCCUACCUGGUGUGCAUCAUGGCAGCCAACCAGGCCGGUGUCAGCCCCACCGACGAUGGGAGUCGGGCCCACGGACCAUGCCGCACCAUCCGCACCCUGGCCUCCCAGCUCCCCUAUGCAUAUGUGGCGGCAGGACUGGCGGCCAUGUUCGGCCUGGUGGUGGUGGCCGCGCUGACCUGGCAUUUUGCCCUGCGCUCGAGGAGACGGCAGUUCCACGGCUCCCAGGACAACAUCCUGGAUGGAGAGGUGGGGCCAGGUGGGGUGGCCAAUGGCUCAUACGGGGGCAAGGAGCAGCUGUAGGGGCACCUGAACCCUCCCGCCCCCAGACAUGUACACUGCUGGCCUGGAUCGCAGCCAUGCCCCACGGACUGUCCAGUGCAGUGGGGACCGGGGCUGGCGGAGAUGUGGAGUUAGUGGGGGGCACCACCUGACCCAGCCAGGGCAUGAUGACCUCUCCCAUUCCACAUGCGGGGAAGCCGCUCAGGUCCUGAUACCCCCCUCAACAUUUAUUUAUUUAUUUAUAUAGUGAAAGUGUGUGUGUGUGUGUGUGUGUGUGUGUGGGGAGGGUCCUGAAGCAUCAAGGGCUGUGGGGAGGCUCCAUGGGGGAAGGAGCAGAGGAACCCAUCGGCAGAGGCCCUUGACAAUCAGAAUGAUUCAUACUGGAUUCCACUCUGCAUCAGACCCCUGUGCUGGCUCCAUGUGGGGGAGGGGUUUGCCUGGGGCUCCCCCUGUUUGUUUUGGGGGGAGGUCGUCCCAGUUGCUGUUGCAUGUCUGGCCUUGGGGCUUCACCCUGAGAGUACCUUCCUCCCAUAGCUGGGAUGGUGCGAUGGGGGGAGGAGCCAUGGCAGGGGGCUGGUUGCUGAGGUGGGGAGGCUGGGGGUGUUCUGUGCUGCUGGCAAUGUGAACUUGUUAGUGUUGAAUAAAGCCGAGAAGCAAUGUCCUGGCCAAAGGUUUGUCCCUCGUCUCCUUCAGCUCCUCUUGGUUGCAUGGAACAGUGAAUCAUUAUGGUACCCCCCAUCGGGGCUAUUCCCCCCCCACUUCCUGGACAGUCUGUCUGGGCCCAGCUCUGCUGGGGUUUCCGCUCACAGCCGCACCCAGCAGCGUCACAAGGGCCCUUGAACCACUGCCUGGAAAACAUGAUCCAUCCCAGAUGUGUGUGAGAGGGCCCCAGCCCAGAAGGAAUGGGAAUGAGGAGCAGCCCCAACCCCCCUCAGCAGCCCUCGCCCUGGGGGUUCCUGAGGAAUGGCCCAGCUCCCUGCCCUGGCUGCUGGGGAAGCCGUGGUGCCCAGGUAUGUGAGGGGAAGCCCAGGACAGAUGGUGCAUGUUGAGGGAUGCUCUGCAGGUCCCAGGCACAGGCGGGAGGGAGGUACUGGGGCAGAGCUCAGCCUCA